AUGGAUAUCACAUUAAUUCAAUUAUUUUUUACAAUUUUCUUCAAUUUAUCUUUAUUAUCUUUGGUGAUAUCUGGAUGUAAUAGUAAUAAAACAGAAAGUAGUAACAAACGUUCAAAGUCAAAAUCUAAAUCUAAGAGUAAAAAGAGUAAAGAUUUAUCUAAAGAUAUACCAACUAAAGUACCAGUAGUUAGUGAAAAUAAGAAAAAAGUAGAGGUAAAGGUUAUUGAUAAUUCUAAAAAAGAAUCACCAUUGAAUGCUAAUAAAUCUAAAUGUCAAAAAGUUGCAUCAUUAAAAAAUAAAACAGCAUCAAUAAAAACUUUAACUUCUACUCAAUCAACUUCAUCUAAAAAGUCAACUGAUACUUUUUCAUUUAGUAAUCCAGCUAAAUUAACUACUCAAGAAAAAAAUGAUCAACGUAAACAGAUGGAAUUGGCAAAAAAUUUAAAGGAAUGGCAGGCAAAGAAUAACAAUCAAAUUAUUGUUACAAUGAAUAAAAAUGAAUUAAGAUGGGUAGAUGGAUUGGGUGGACUUCAAAAUGUUAGUUUAGAAAAUCCAUCUAGUGAUAGGAUUGCUAUAAAAAUUAAAUGUUCUGAUAAUAUUUUAUAUAGAGUUAAUCCUGUUUAUACAAUAAUAGAACCACAGGAACGUAUAACAAUUGAUAUAUUACGUGAUGCAGGAACACAAAAAACUGAUAAACUUGUAUUUGUUCUUACCAAAGUUAAUGGUGAUGUUAAAAAUUCACAAGCACACUUUGCUAGUAAUCCAAAAAGACAACAAAUGCUUUUACUUCCAUUAAUUGGAGCUUCUGCUGUUUAUUAA